AACAGCGAUAAAAGAAAAGAAAAGAAAAGAAAAUCCGCCAGAAAAUAAUACGCUAACCUCCUCCAAUUUUCCCCUAACAAAGCAUAAAUCUGCUCUAUUUUAAGAUGACAAAACGUCAAAUUUCUGGAAGAGAAUUGAAUUCUCCAUCGACUUCGUAGGUUAGUGCGUAGUAGUUUGUACUUAGAAGUAGUAAGUAGACAGUCUCCUCUCUGUCCCUGCUAAAGCUCGGCUAAACCUUCGAAGCCAUUUCGGAGCGAGAAGCAUCUCGAAGAUCUCCAUUGCAGACUCUCGUACUCGUUCAUCAAUCACCUUUCAGUUCCGGCUCUGAAAAAUCGUAAAAGAAAUGCAAGCUUCAACGUUUUCAGUCAAAGCGAGCCUGGGUUCGGACGUCCUGAACCGUAGGGUUUUACUAGGUUUUGGCCGAUUGAGUAAGAGAGGUUCGGCUUUGAAAAAUCUGCGCCUGACAGAGCGGCCUUCUUGCUUCGGAUCGCGACUUGGCUCCGCCGCCAUGGAGGCCGAGCUUGUCCCUCUCCGAACCGGUGUUGAUAGAGCGUUUACGUCCUCGGCCGCGGCCAGAUCAGUCAGGGCUCAAGCUGCUGAUGGAUAUAUUGAUGAUGUUGUUCCCGCUCAAAUUGAAGAGAAAGCUUCUGGAACUGUUUUGCCUUAUGUUGGAGUUGCUUGCCUGGGUGCCAUUUUGUUUGGAUAUCAUCUAGGGGUGGUGAAUGGUGCUCUUGAGUACCUCUCCAAGGAUCUUGGUAUUGCUGAAAACACUGCCCUACAAGGAUGGAUUGUAAGUACACUUCUUGCUGGUGCAACUGUUGGUUCAUUUACUGGGGGUGCUUUGGCUGACAAGUUUGGCCGAACAAAAACUUUUCUAGUGGAUGCAAUCCCUCUUGCUGUAGGGGCAUUUCUCUGUGCCACAGCUCAGAGUGUCCAGACAAUGAUAAUUGGCCGUUUACUUGCUGGGAUUGGAAUUGGCAUCUCAUCUGCUGUUGUGCCACUUUAUAUAUCUGAGAUCUCUCCAACUGAAAUUCGUGGGACACUUGGAUCAGUUAACCAACUUUUUAUCUGCAUUGGGAUUCUUGGAGCACUUGUGGCUGGGUUGCCUUUAGCUGGAAACCCUUUAUGGUGGAGAUCAAUGUUUGGUAUUGCAAUUAUCCCCUCUGUUCUAUUGGCACUGGGAAUGGCAUUUUCUCCAGAAAGCCCUAGGUGGCUUUUCCAGCAAGGAAAAAUUUCUCAAGCUGAAGGGUCUAUAAAGAAAUUAUUUGGGAAAGAGAGAGUUGCCAAGGUUAUGAAUGACUUGAGUACAGCUAGUCAAGGUUUUUCUGAACCAGAAGCUGGGUGGUUUGAACUUUUUAGUAGCCGCUACUGGAGAGUUGUUAGUGUGGGUGCAGCACUUUUCUUGUUCCAACAGUUGGCUGGAAUAAAUGCUGUUGUAUAUUAUUCCACGUCUGUAUUUCGCAGUGUUGGAAUUGCAUCUAAUGUUGCAGCCAGUGCUCUUGUUGGGGCAUCAAAUGUUUUUGGUACAACGAUAGCAUCUUCUUUGAUGGACAAGCAAGGAAGGAAAAGUCUUUUAAUAACGAGCUUUGCUGGAAUGGCUGCUUCAAUGCUAUUGCUUUCCUUGUCACUUACUUGGAAGGUUCUGGCGCCAUAUUCUGGUACCCUUGCUGUUCUGGGAACUGUACUUUAUGUUUUGUCCUUUUCACUUGGUGCUGGUCCUGUGCCGGCUCUUCUACUUCCAGAGAUAUUUGCCUCCAGAAUUAGGGCAAAAGCAGUUGCUUUGUCAUUGGGGAUGCAUUGGAUAUCCAACUUCAUCAUCGGGCUGUAUUUCUUGAGUUUUGUUAAUAAGUUUGGGAUCAGCUCGGUUUAUUUGGGAUUCUCGAUGAUCUGUGUUCUAGCUGUCUUGUACAUAGCUGCUAAUGUCGUGGAAACGAAGGGGCGGUCACUGGAAGAGAUAGAGCGUGCUCUAAACCCUGCAAUUUGAUCAAAAUAUUCUGCACCGGUUCUGAUGUCGACAAUAAUGGUGUCUGGAAUAGCUGACACGUACCUGUUGAAGUUUUUAUCCUUCGGAUGCCAAUCCAGGCUGCAGAGAGUUCAUCUGGAGAUAUGCUGCUUUCUUGUCCCUACAUCUUGCUCUAUUUCUGUUUUUCUCUUGGCAUUUAGACUUGAUUGUAACUUGUCGAAACAAUCUAUUACUCUGAUGUUUUCUUUUAAAAUCUCAAACGAGCUGGACUUGAGAACACUAGUUGGAAAUUUGUAAUAUGGAAAUGUUUAUCCAACUUGAAAAUGAUGAAAUGAAAAGACAUCACGAUAUCUUCA